AUGCGCGGUAUGCAGUUGGACGAUUUCAUUAAACACUGUCACUCACCUGGACCAGUUUCGAGGUGUUGCCCCUCUUGUGAGCAGUCUUGGGGAAGUUUUCAUCAGAAUUUUCAGGGAAUUUCCCACGUCAUCUCGUCGUCCCAAGUCAUCUUAUACGCAACGAGGAGUUCUUGCUCAUUCAGAAUUUCCGGCAAAGAAGGGAAUUGCGUGAGCGCUAAAGCACCGAGAUUUCCCACAUCAUUCAUCAGGGAACCAAUUCGUACGCACCGAGGAGUUCUUGUGCCUUUCUUUGUGGAAGUUUUCGCCCCGUCCGGGAGCCAAUUUGUACGCACCGAGGAGUUGUGCCUUCUUUGUGGAAGUUUUCGCCCCGUCCGGGAGCCAAUUCGUACGCGCAGAGGAGUUCUUGUGCCUUUGUGGAAGUUUUCGUCCCAUCCGGGAGCCAAUUUGUACGCACCGAGGAGUUCUUGUGCCUUUGUGGAAGUUUUCGUCCCAUCCGGGAGCCAAUUUGUACGCACCGAGGAGUUCUUGUGCCUUCUUUGUGGAAGUUUUCGCCCCGUCCGGGAGCCAAUUUGUACGCACCGAGGAGUUGUGCCUUCUUUGUGGAAGUUUUUGUCCCAUCCGGGAGCCAAUUUGUACGCGCAGAGGAGUUCUUGUGUCUUGUUUGUGGAAGUUUUCACUCCAUCAGGGAGCCAAUUUGUACGCACCGAGGAGUUCUUGUGCCUUCUUUGUGGAAGUUUUCGCCCCGUCCGGGAGCCAAUUCGUACGCGCAGAGGAGUUCUUGUGCCUUUGUGGAAGUUUUCGUCCCAUCCGGGAGCCAAUUCGUACGCGCAGAGGAGUUCUUGUGCCUUUGUGGAAGUUUUCGUCCCAUCCGGGAGUCAACUCGUACGCACCGAGGAGUUCUUGCUCAUUCAGAGUUUCCGGCAAACAAGGGAAUUGCGUGAGCGCUAAAGCACCGAGAUUUCCCACAUCAUUCAUCAGGGAACCAAUUCGUACGCACCGAGGAGUUCUUGUGCCUUUCUUUGUGGAAGUUUUCGCCCCGUCCGGGAGCCAAUUUGUACGCACCGAGGAGUUGUGCCUUCUUUGUGGAAGUUUUCGCCCCGUCCGGGAGCCAAUUCGUACGCGCAGAGGAGUUCUUGUGCCUUUGUGGAAGUUUUCGUCCCAUCCGGGAGCCAAUUUGUACGCACCGAGGAGUUCUUGUGCCUUUGUGGAAGUUUUCGUCCCAUCCGGGAGCCAAUUUGUACGCACCGAGGAGUUCUUGUGCCUUCUUUGUGGAAGUUUUCGCCCCGUCCGGGAGCCAAUUUGUACGCACCGAGGAGUUGUGCCUUCUUUGUGGAAGUUUUCGUCCCAUCCGGGAGCCAAUUUGUACGCGCAGAGGAGUUCUUGUGUCUUGUUUGUGGAAGUUUUCACUCCAUCAGGGAGUCAACUUGUGAGCCCCCUGAGUUUAAUACUUUUUUUUUAUUUAUAAUUUUAAUAAAAAAACAAAAACAAAAAAAACCGUUUAAAUUGUUUUAUUUUAGUUAAAAAUACUAAAAAAAAUUAGUUUAAAUUACUAAAAAAUUUUAGUUAAAAUUACUAAAAAAAAUCCCUAAAAUUUUUGUCGUUACCGUAAAAAUUACUAAGAUUUUUGUUAAAAUAUACGGAGACAUCAUAGAGAAAUUAACUAAGAUUUCGUUAAAAAAACUAAAAUAUUUCGGUUUUCUCGUAUUUCUCUGUUAAAUUCAUUUAACUAAAAUUUUAGUUAAAGAAUUUUAACUAAGAUGCGUGCAGAAAUACCGUAGAAUGCCCAUUCCGUAAAAUUUACGG